AUGAUUUGACCGAUACUGCUUUUACUUCUUCGACUGUCAUCCCGUUCAUCAACAUUUUUGGUAUCAAAGGAACCAUCAAGAAUCGAGGCUCGGUAGAUGGAGGAGAUGUUUGGUCUACGCUACUUGACGUAGUGGGAACGAUCAUAUCCUCUUUGACUUAUACUCUCACAAACGCGCCAUGACCGAACGACCGAACGCGCCUGUUAAGCUUUCGUUACCACUAAAGUAUCAGCAAGACCUUUUCAACGAGCUCCGUAACGAAGAUGAGCUCGUCAUUCUCGCCCGAGGUCUGGGGCUCCUGCGCAUCGUGACGAACCUUCUUCACGCUUUUGAUGCGGCAGGCAACAACCUGAUCAUAGUGGUCGGUGCCGAUGACCGAGAAAAUGAAUGGAUUGGCGAAGCGCUUGCGGAGCACUAUGCAAUCAGCAAAACCCCCCUGGCAAGGGGUUUGAAAGUGAUCAAUACGGAUAGAGCCACUGUCCCCAUGAGAGAGAAAAUAUAUAAUCAAGGAGGCAUAUUAAGCGUAACAUCGCGGAUACUAGUUGUCGAUCUGUUGUCCAAGCUCCUUGAUCCAGAGAAAAUCACCGGUAUCAUCUUGUUACACGCGGAAAGAGUUGUGGCAACCGCUUUAGAAGCCUUCAUUGUACGGGUGUAUCGUCAAUUCAACAAAAAUGGCUUCCUGAAGGCAUUCUCUGACAGCCCAGAACCUUUCACUACUGGAUUUGCGCCUUUGUCCAAUGGGUUACGAAACUUGUUCCUGCGCAAACCCUCACUCUGGCCUCGAUUCCAUGUCACUGUUGCAGAAUCCCUUGAGGGUCGCUACAAAGCAGAAGUGAUCGAACUCGAAGUUCCGAUGACCGAUAAGAUGAGGGACAUUCAAAGCGCGGUUAUGGAAUGCGUCGAGACGAGUGUUUCCGAACUCAAGAAGGCCAAUAGUGGCCUUGAUAUGGAAGAUUGGACGUUGGAUAGUGCCUUGCAUAGUAAUUUCGAUGUAGCGAUACGUCGGCAAUUGGAUCCAAUUUGGCACCGUGUCAGUUUUAGGACGCGACAAAUCGUCAACGAUUUAACGGUUCUAAGGGCUAUAUUACACUCUCUUCUUACAUAUGAUGCGGUAUCCCUACUGAAAUACUUGGACACGGUUGUUGCAGCUCAUUCCGCUCCACCGGGAUCAACAAGACACAGCUUCUCUCCUUGGCUCUUUUUGGAUGCAGCGCACGUCCUUUUCGAAACCGCAAAAUCCCGCGUGUAUAGAGGUAAAAUAACAGGGGCAUUUUCUGCUGCAUUACAACCUGUUCUGGAAGAGCAGCCCAAGUGGCAAGUGCUUGCAGAGAUACUUCAGGAGAUCGAGCAAGAUGCAUAUCUCAACCCCACACAGCGUGGUGACUCUAAUAGCACUGUAUUGAUCAUGUGUGGUGAUCAGCGCACAUGCAGACAACUUCGAGACUUCUUAUCGUUGAUGCAUACUCGACCUGUUGCUGAAACUGAUGAGGACGAAGAGGGAUUUGAUGAAGAUAAAUUGUCCGAAGAGAGCACAUCAGCAGAAAUCAUGAUGCGGAGAAAGUUGAGGGAGUACCUCAAUUGGAAACAGAAUUUUUCGCGCGUCAAGGAUAAUCUUUACGCACCGAAACCAAACUCAAAUGAAGCGCCGAAUCGAGGGCAAAGUUCUUCCUCCGCCUCGGGUAGGGCUCCUCCAAACAAGCGCCGUCGUGUGCGUGGUGGCGGUUCAAGUUCUCUUGUCUCCAGCCGAGCCCCGAAUACCACUGUACAAGGGCAGGAUGAGGCCCCUAUACAAGUGUCAAAAUUACUGGAUGAUCUCCAACCAUGUGCGGUGGAAGAGGCAUUGAAAGAAGAUAACGUCAUUGAUAAUCUUGAAGAUAUGGAAGAUUUUUACGAACUAUAUGAUAUGAAUGAUCUCGUGAUGAUUCAUCCUUACGACGGAGAUAUGGACGAGCGAAUCCUGGAAGAAGCUCGACCACGAUACAUUAUCAUGUAUGAACCAGACGCUGCUUUCAUUCGUCGAGUUGAGGUGUACCGCAGCUCCCAUAAUGACCGCAAUGUACGGGUUUACUUUAUGUACUAUGGAGGAUCUGUGGAAGAACAGCGCUACCUUAGUACAGUGCGGCGGGAAAAAGAUGCCUUUACUAAGCUCAUCACCGAAAAGGGUGGUUUGGCCGUAACCCUAACACACGACAAAAUUCUUGAAGAUCCCGAGGAACAGUUUCUCAGGACUGUAAAUACUCGAAUAGCCGGCGGCGGACGAUUGGCUGCUACUGCAGCGCCACCGACUGUCGUUGUGGAUGUUCGCGAAUUUAGAAGCGCGUUGCCGUCUCUACUACAUGGCCGUAGUAUGGUCGUUGUCCCUUGCCAGUUAACAGUCGGAGACUACGUCUUGACCCCAGAUAUAUGUGUGGAGCGCAAGUCCGUACGUGACUUGAUCAGCUCUCUGAAAAACGGUCGUCUCUAUAACCAGGCCGAGACGAUGCUAAAGCAUUACAAAAACCCACUACUUCUGAUUGAGUUUGAGCAAAACAAGUCCUUCACCUUUGACGCCUUUGCAUCCGCUUCCCUACCUAGCACGAGCUUUCUCUCGGACUAUGUCUUCACGUCAUCCGGUAAUCCUGCAUCAGCGGCAAAUAGUUCUCUCGUCAACCCAUCAACUCCCAAAUCCGCACAGCACAUGCUCGUCCUUCUGACCCUAGCAUUCCCACGCUUAAAAAUCAUAUGGUCGUCAUCACCAUACCAAACAGCCGAAAUAUUCGCAGAGCUGAAAAAGAAUAACCCAGAACCCGACCCUAUAAAGGCGGUUCAGAUUGGUCUCAACGUUGAUAUUGCGGCAUCUUCGCAUCCGGGCGAUGUCAUGGCUGCGGCUGGUAUAGAGCAUCGGGUAUUUCAUCAACUUCCGCAGGAUAUGCUUCGUGCUGUACCCGGGGUCACACCGGUGGUACUUGAGCGGUUGAGUUUGGAGACGAAUAGCAUUCAUGAGAUUGCUAAUAUGGAUGUGGAAGACCUCGAUCCGCUUGUUGGGAAGGAAACAGCAAGGAAGAUCACUAGGUUCUUUAGGAAAAGUGUUUUUGAGGAUGAGACAGAAGGUUCAUGA